AUGGACAGCACUAAUCUCUCUGUGUUGCUCUUGAUGGCUCUGCUUUUAAGCCUGUCUUGUGCUGAGGAUGAGAUAGCAGCUUUAUCCUGCCCAGAGUACCAAGAGGGUUUUGACGGCUCCUGUUAUGAGUUUGUGGGUCUACAGCAUUCCUUCGUCAGUGCACAGGGUUGGUGUGAGCGGGGUGGCGGACACCUGGCCUUCAUUCUAAAUAUCGAUACACAGCAGUUCCUACAGAGGCACCUGCAGCCAGAGCAGGACUGGUGGCUGGGUCUGGCACCUGCCGCCCCGAACCUAACACUGGACUCUGCUGUUGCUGAAGGUAAGAGAGCAGCAUAGGCAACUAAAGUGGGCAUUAUUUGAUGACACUAAUGCAUUAGAUCCUUUGAUCAUGCAAAGGAUCUCAAAGGGUGGGAGUAGAAUGCAUUGUAUUCAGUCAUACAUUUGAACAGAUUUAUGAUAGCUGUGUUUUAUAAAAUCAAUAAGAUAUUGUAUGAGACCUAAUAUUUAAAAGAGGUAUAAAUUGUUCUGCAAUUGAGCAGAAAUUGUACAGAAAACCAUUCAAUUUCCACUGCUGUCUCCCAACCUAAGACUAAGAUGCUGGGCUUGUUGACUCCCACGUCAGCUGGCCUCUUGCUGGGAGAUUUAUAAUGUGUUAAUCUCCCACCAUUGCCAGGAGACCAUGUCCAUUUGAAUAUCUCCUUUUAGCAGCACCCGGCUGAUGAGGAACACUUGUCAUUCAAUAGGGUCUUCAAUAGGGUAUGCUGUCCAGUCCUUUGAUUUAAUAUCACCUAAUAGUUUUGUUUCCUUUCCAUCCUGCUUUUUUUUACAUAUUUUAUUAAUGCCUCUGAUAUCCCUCAUGAGAACACAAGCUGUCAUAUUUAUAUCAAAUUAACUAGAUAGUACAAAGUAAGCAUGUCAGGUUGAACAGAUGGGACGUCUAAUAUUGUGGGGAAAUAAUACUUUAUUUCCUCUACUUUGAAGAGCAGGUGUUCCUAAUGUUUUGUACCCUCAGUGUAUAUAGAAUAUAAUACUUUAAUUGGUGUGUGUGCUGUACAUCCUCAGGUCCUCUCUCCUGGCUUGAUGGCUCUGAUGUCAGCUACUCUAACUGGGUGAACGACCCUGGUCCAGGGGCUGGCUGUGGUCACAUACUGAGGAGCUCAGGGUUUCAGUGGGAGGCAACAAGCAACUGUAGCCAGGAGCUACACUUCAUCUGCCAAUUUGGUUUGUAUUUGAUGUGUGUGUGUGUUUGUGAGGCAGAGAGCGAGGAGUGCAGCUGGGUAGAACUGUUAAUACUGUAAAACAAACACAGCUGUAGCGAAGGAGGGAAAUGCACUAAAACAAAAUUCCACUUGAGGAAGGAGCUAUUGAGUAAUCAACAUAAAAGAUGUCUUGUCACACAGGAACCACAGAAGCUGAAUAAAAGCAAAGCCACUGAAUAUAGCCUUUCAAUUGAAAUUACAUGCUUUGGUUGUAAAAACCAUAAAAACCAAUAGAAAUACAAGGUAGUAAAUAUUGACCUAUGCUAGUGUUUCAUGUAUGAAUGGCAGACAUUUAGACUAGGCAUUGUAAUAAUGAUCCUCUAUCUAAACAGUGUGCACUGAUACCCCUCCCAUAAAUGUAAUGGCUUUUGUGCAACUCCAUUCUAAAAAGGAAGACAGCCUAAUGAUGAAGACGAUAUUGAUAAUCACAUAUAAUUUACAUUAUUAGUAGCACUUUCUGCAGUGACAAAAAUAGGCCUACAGUAUAUGUCACCUAUUGUCUACACAGCUAAUACUGCUCUGUUACAGUAUGUACUAGGUAAAGUGAUUUUUCUUCUACCUCAGUAUAUAGGAAGCAGUGGUUGCUGUGUAGCCUUCAGACCUUCACACCUGUACUACCUGCUUCUCUGCUUGAUUCUAAUCUCUCUGCCUCUUAUCAGUUGGAUUAUACAACAACUAAUCUUCAGUUGACCACAAUGUGAAAAAUGGCACAGCAUCAUCAGCCAAUGAACUUUAUUUUUUCCCUCAGGCACAUUCAAAUAAUACAGCAACACACAUGAGAAUACAUUCAAUUCAAAUACAGAAUGCAAUGUGAUGCAUUUCAAAUGAAACUAAACAAAAAUACCCAAGUAGGCUAUUCACUUUGUUCUAGUCUGGUACAUUUCAGUUAUUGUAUUUGAAUACAUUGGCAAGCUUGAGUGGAGACUAACAUCUGGAACAUACAAUCAUAUUCAUCAACAAGCUGUGUCUCUGGUCCACAGGUCAGAAAAACAUCAUCAUUCAGGAGCCCAUCAGGGAGUUUGGUGUCAUCAAAUGCUAUAGCAUGAACCUCCCAACAGAUGGCGCAAACUGCAAGGCCCUGUACGGAAGCCCCCUUCAAAUCCAGGUUGAAGUAGAAGCAGGUAAUUAAAACCAACAUAGGCAAAAAUAAAAGCAUCCAGUCUGACAAUUCCGAAGGUACAAAUCUUGGUAGAAUGAGACAACUUUGCUAUCUACAGGUACGACUGUGACCUACAAAAUCCACAGUGGUGAGAUUUUGGUGGCCAAUUCAUCAGCAAUCAGAUGAAUCGUCCCCCACAACAUCACAGUGGGACCAGAGGUGGAGCAACAGCUGGGCUCUGGCUGCCAUCAGCUGA